ACUCAUGCAAGGGAUGUGCUGUGGCUUGUGUCAUGCAAAUUUCUACUCUAUUUUCAGGCUGCUGUGUGCUAUAGCUCCACCACUUUGCCGAAAUUUAGGAUGUAAGGACUAUUUUUGAUGGUAAUGAUGGUAAACACACAAAGACAUAACGCAUAGGUCUAUAGAACCAAUGGAUUAUGACGAGAUAAAUUUCGUUUCGACCAAAUUAAGAACCAAAUGUUGGUAGCAUCGGAUGUCGUAGUAUUCUUUGAUUGGCUGAUAGGUAGACCUUUUACGUCACCGGUUCGUCAUUUGAUUUGCCGUAUAGAGAUAGGGCUAUUUUAUGACAGAAUUGUCUUGCAAUAUGGAGCGUUUUGUCGUUGGAUGUAUAGGCCUUCUGUAUCUUCUUCCACUUGCCCAUGGCACAGGAACCGCUCGGAACAACCCCCAUGACAUUCGACUAGUUGGUGGUGCAACUCCAUUCGAGGGGCGGGUUGAGAUUUACUACGAGGACGCUUGGACGACGGUAUGCGACAAAGGAAUCCGCAAUGAAGAAGCCAACGUCCUUUGUCGGAUGUUGGGACACAUCGCGGCGAGCAGCUUCCGCUGCUGCGGGGCAUUCGGUCGAGGGACUUCGGAAAAAACGAUACGUGAUGUGCGAUGUGAAGGGAAUGAAGCGAAUAUCACGGAUUGCACAUUUGACCAUGGUGUGGAACAAGAGGGUUUUUCUUCUUCGGAUUAUCACUAUAGAGGGGUUUUCUGUGAUCAUUCUGAUGAUCUAGGAAUAGCAUGUAUACCAGCUGAUAUUCGUAUUCACGAUGGACCAAAGCGUCCUGGUCACCAAAAGGGCAGAGUGGAACUGGCACAGAACCUCCAAUGGAAGGCUUUCUGUGCCGAAUCAAUGGACUUAAACCUUGCCAUCGUCCUUUGCCGGAUGCUUGGAGAACAUACAGCUAAAUCCUUCUAUGAUAUCGAGUUGUUGGACCAUGAAGAGGGCGCUGUCCUGAAUGUCACUUAUUCUUGUCAGGGGACAGAAGACAACGUCGCUGACUGUGAGCAACAGAACAGGACCACUCUUAAUUGCAGUCUGGAACGAUGGGUGUCAGGGAUCACGUGCGUCAGUUUGCCAGUCCGCCUAGUCUCCAGAAAGGAUGAUGAGGGAAGAGUUGAGGUCUAUCAUGGAAUAUCUUGGUCUGCUAUCUCCUAUUCCUCCUGGAACUCCCGCGCUGCUGAUGUUGUCUGUCGCAUGCUCGGCUACGUAGGCGCUUCUGCAGCGUACCGGGAUGAAGAACUGUAUGAAGCGCCCUCUGUGAAUGUCCUGUUGGAGAGAGUCAUCUGUAACGGAACAGAAAGAAACAUUGCCCACUGCAACAUGUCGGAGUUUCACAGGCUGACUUACAGCCCAGACGGAUAUGCAGCCGCAAGGUGUCAAGGAGAGAUGGAUGUCCCAAUCAGACUACAAGGAAGCGAAGACACAAAUUCGGGAAGGGUCGAAAUAUUCCACUACGGGUCUUGGGGUACAAUCUGCGCAACUGGCGACAUAAUCAGGACGACCGGAAAUGAGCACUACGCCAUGAACAUCGCAAACGUCCUUUGUAGGAUGCUUGGGUUCCCGAGGGCGUUGUCCUACGAGUGCUGCGGUCAGUACGGACAUGGGACCGGAGGAAUCUACCUAGACACCCUUAAGUGCAGUGGCAAGGAAGCCAACGUUCUGGAAUGCCCAAAGAGCGACCAGGGAUUGCACAGGAGAUGCAACCACUUUAUGGACCUCGGAGUCAUUUGCCAGCCAAAAGUUGACUAUCGCAUCCGGCUUCUUGGUGGACCAUCCCCACUGGAGGGCAGGGUUGAAGUGAAGUCAGACGCCUCUGGCACUUGGGGGACAGUGUGCGACGACAACUGGGAUUUGACAGACUCCAACGUAGUCUGCAGGAUGCUCGGCUACGAGCGGGCGGAAAGCUACUCCCGCGGUCUGUAUGAGAAGACGUCCAAACGUAGACCUAUCCUCCUUGACGAGGUCGAAUGCGAUGGAACUGAGACGAACAUCGGACAUUGUCGAGUUCAUCAUCGGCAUGACUGCUCACACGACGAGGAUGUGGAAGUGAAAUGUGUCGACUGGACUACAUCUGCGUCGUCAACCCCAAGUAACACAAAGAAAAUAACAGAUACUGGCGAGAAUUUGGCAAGGAACAGUGAAGUCACGAGUAGUGCGAUGCCGCCUUGGACCGUGCCAACAAGAAGAACAUUCGCUUUAAUCAUUGCACAGGCGGUGUACAUUGUCGUUGCCCUGAUUGUCAUUGUCUUAUUGACAAUACGAAUGCAGCACUAUAGGCGAAGAGCAAGAGCAUCUAAUAUAACAGAGAUUCCUUUAACGGGAGAUGUCAAAUGAAAAUUUUACUCAUCGGCCGGGCUAGACCUUCCCAAACAUUUCGAUGGAACACUGGCGUACAGAGAGAGAGAGAGAGAGGGGGGGGGGGUGGCUUGGUAGCCACAUGGACCCCAAACUUUCCGUGACCAAGAAAAGAAGUAGGAAGGGGAAGUAAAUGAAGGUAAAAGGGAGAAUCUGAUAUUACUUUCUGAAUAUUACGUCAAAAUCUAACGAAAAAAUAACAUUUCUAUAGUAUCAUGUAGGAUUUUUUUUCGCUUGCAGCUUUUCAAAAUAUCGUAAAUAAUUGGUCUCAAAUUCGUGAAUGGUGUCAAAAAUAAUACUACUUUACAGUAUAAUCAGGGAUCGCGGAACGUGAUAAGGCCUCCAGCCCCGAGCCCCACUUAUUUUCAAUAAA